UGUGUGUGUUCCGUUCCGCUGGACACAGAAGUCGCCUUUGCUCAAGACGCCACUUUAUUAAUCACUGACAUAAAGACUGAUACCGUCACUGCAGUAUAGCCUAAAUAAGUCCCACUGCAUUGUAAGUGGCAUGUGUGUGCUGUUUUAAGCGGCGUUUUAUGUGCGUUCCGGGACCUGUGCUCGUCGUACCUGCGCUGUGAUAUGUACUUAGCGUUCCGGCACCUUGUGAUUUACAAAUGAAGCACUGGAUACAUCAUGACCUGCGCGAAAGAGGGCGGAAAACUAUGAAUUUCACCCUCCUGCACCGCACAUCCAAAGCCACUCUUUUCUCUCCCGGCUCUCUCUCUCACUCACUCUCACACGUACACACACACACACGACCCCGCCCCCCAUGUCACUCACUUGCAUGCUGCGUUCACUGGUCAGGAACACAGUAGGAAACCAGAAUAUCAUAACAUUGUCCCACACAGCAGCUAACAGCGGAGCUGCUACAAUGUUUGUGCGGGCCGCACUAACAUUAAACUUUCAUAUUAAGCAUGUCUGUUCACACAGGGAUCCCAUCCAGGAGGAUGUUUUAGAUGCUGGCAUGCCUGUCCACGGAGCCAUGGAUGCAAAAGUCACAUCAGCAAAUGUCUCUACUAUGCUGCCAAAAUGAUCAACUCGCCAUGGCCGACCUCCGACACCCAACGGGACAGGUUCUGUUUGCGACUUGGAUUGCUGCUCUGGCUGGAUUCGCUGCAUGUGUGGACAACAGUGAGUACAUGCGAAAUGGAGACUUUCUGCCCACCAGGCUGCAGGCUCAGCAGGAUGCAGUUAUCAUUGUGUGUCACUCCAAGACCCGCAGCAACCCUGAAAACAACGUGGGCCUCAUCACCAUGGCAAACAACUGUGAGGUGCUGACCACACUGACUCCAGACACGGGGAGAAUACUGUCCAAGCUGCAUGCUGUGCAGCCCAUAGGAAACAUCAGCUUCUGCACGGGCAUCCGGGUGGCACAUUUGGCAUUGAAGCACAGACAGGGCAAAAACCACAAGAUGCGCAUUAUUGCGUUUGUUGGAAGCCCAGUUGAAGACAACGAAAAAGAACUGGUCAAAAUGGCGAAGCGUCUGAAGAAAGAGAAAGUCAACGUGGAUAUCAUUAACUUUGGAGAGGAGGAGAUGAACACAGAGAAGCUGACGGCCUUUAUCACCACACUGAAUGGUAAAGAAGGUGCAGGCUCCCACCUGGUCACAGUACCUCCAGGCCCCAGUCUGGCUGAUGCCCUGCUCUCCUCACCCAUCCUGGCUGGAGAGGGAGGUGCAGUGCUAGGCCUGGGCGCCAGUGACUUUGAGUUUGGAGUGGAUCCCAGUGCAGACCCGGAGCUGGCCUUGGCUCUGAGGGUGUCUAUGGAGGAGCAGAGACAACGGCAGGAGGAUGAAGUUCGCAGAGCCGGUGUUACAGCUGCUGAUGCUGGCAUUUCCUCUCCUGUCGCAGAUGAGUCUGAGGAUGCCCUCCUGAAGAUGUCUGUUCCACAAACAGAGUCCUCCACACCUGCUUUACCAGACUUCAGCCGCAUGACAGAGGAUGAGCAGAUUGCCUACGCUCUGCAGAUGUCUAUGCAGGGACCAGGAGCAGAGUUUGGAGCUGAGGACAUGGACACGGGAGCUGACAUGGAUUCCACUGAGGCGAAGGAUGAGGAGGACUACGAUGUUAUGCAGGAUCCAGAGUUCCUCCAGAGCGUCCUGGAAAACCUUCCUGGAGUCGAUCCCAACAAUGAGGCCAUCCGUAACGCCAUGGGUUCUCUGGCUUCCCAGAGUGGCUCUAAACCCGACGCCAAGAAAGAUGAGGAGAAAAAGAAAUAAACACUUGAAGAAGAAAUGAACAUAUGAUGAAUAAACAGACCUGAGAAUUGC